GAUCAUCCAAAUAUCGUGCUGUAAAGUCGCUUACAAUGUUCGCUAAUAAAGUGGUACUUGUAACAGGAGGUAGCUCCGGUAUCGGUGCAGCUGCAGUGAAAUUGUUCGCUAAAGAAGGUGCGUCUGUAGCCUUCGUGGGAAGAAAUGAAGCUAAGCUGAAGGAAGUGGCGAGCCGCUGCCAGGAGCACGGAGCCAACGUCCUGGUCAUCAGAGCAGAUGUCUCCAAAGAAGAGGAAGCAAACACCAUCGUACAGCAAACUGUCGACAAGUUUGGGAAACUGGAUGUACUCGUCAACAACGCUGGGAUAGUGCGAUAUGCGAGUAUAUUGGAGCCUAACUUAUUGACGAGAUUCGAUGAAGUGAUGAAUACAAAUUUGCGUUCAGUCGUUCAUCUUACUAACUUGGCGGGUCCACAUCUUGUGAAAACUAAAGGCAAUAUUGUCAAUAUCUCUAGCGUGGUGUCCACGUCCAUCAAGGUUCCAGGGGUAAUGUGUUACAGUGUUUCCAAAGCUGCUUUGGACCAUUUCACAAGAGCUGCAGCAUUGGAGCUAGCUCCUUCUGGAGUAAGAGUAAAUGCUGUUAAUCCUGGACCAGUUAUAACAGACAUUUUACCAAAUUCUGGCUUAUCUGAAGAACAAGUUCGCAACACAAAUCCUGCGGCUAUGACUGCUGUAGGCAGAUCUUCAGACGCUGAUGAGAUUGCUGAUUUAAUUCUGUAUCUAGCCAGUGACAAGGCUAAGAGUGUCACAGGGUCGUGUUAUGUUAUUGACAAUGGUUAUUUGUUGAAAUAAGGAGAUUAAAUAACAAUAUAUUGUACAAAUACCAGUAGACUAAGACCAACUUACUCUAUACCACCUUUCUCCAUAUUUUAGACCUUAUGGC